GUAAGAUGUAAGGUAAAAUAUAAAAACUAAUUUCAUAUCAAGAUGUUACCAGUUGAUAUUUUAAGAAAUUUUCAUUUGAAUAAUUUGGAGAGAAGAGAACAUAUUCGUAUUUAUAAUAUGGAAAGACGUAUCAUGAGAGAUAACAGUGACCCUUUUGCAUUACGAGAUGAACAAUUUAUAGGUUUGUUUCGGCUAAGUAAAGAAAUGGUGCAAUAUGUUUACAAUGAAAUAAGCCCACACUUAAAUCAAACAGAAAAUGUCAUUGCUAUCCCAAACUUGCUGAAACUUUUAGUAGCAUUAAGAUUUUUUGCUAGUGGUUCUUAUCAAAGUUGCAUUGGGCAGAGUUAUAAUUUAUCUGUAUCACAACCUACUGUUUCAAACAUCAUCAAAGAAGUUAGCCUGGCCAUCAGCGAGUUGUCAAGAAAUUGGGUUAAAUUUCCUCGGACUGCUGAAGAAAAAAAUAGGAUAAAAGGCAGAUUUAUGAGUCAAACACAUUUUCCUGGUACUGUUGGUGCUAUAGAUUGCACACACAUAGCUAUAAUUACACCUCAAGAUGAAGAACACAAUUACUUGAACAGAAAAGGUUUUCAUUCAAAAAAUAUUCAGAUAAUUUGUGACUAUGAUUUAAAGAUAUUAAAUGUUAACGCUACACAUGCUGGUGCUACACACGAUAGUUUUAUUUGGAGGCAUUCUAUAAUACAGGAAGAAUUGGAGAGAUGGUACAAUUUAGGAGAUAGAAACUCAUGGCUUGUUGGAGAUUCUGGAUACCCACAACAAUGUUAUCUAAUGACACCAAUUAUUGAUGCAGCACCAGGCACUCCAGAAUUUGCUUAUACUCAAGCUCAAAUGCGAGCAAGAAAUUGUAUUGAACGUUGUAUAGGUGUAUUGAAAGGCACAUUUCGAUGUCUGAUGGCAGAAAGAAAAUUGAGAUAUCAACCACAAAAAGUGGGUCAUAUUGUAAUUGCAUGUUCAGUGCUUCAUAAUAUACGUAUGUCUGGUCAUCAAAAUUUGGAAGAAAUCUUGUUACCUGAGAAUCACAAUAAUUUUGACUAUUUCAAUAAUCACAUCGAUGUUGGUGGCAUGCAAGCAAGAGCAGAUUUGAUUGAAAGAUAUUUUAAUUAAUUAUACUGAUUUAGUGUUCUCUGCAAUUAUUUAAAUAUACUGGUUCUU